CCUGUCUACAACUGAAGCUGGUCAGAAUAGGUAACCAAACCUCAAACUCCAAUAACAUGGUUCCAACUUCUUUACAGCUGAGUCAUGACCAAUAAUCCACUUUCAGAUCCUCUAUCUAAAUGACACCGGUGCAAAUCUCUCCUACACAGAUAAUUCACAUGUUUUUCGAUUAGUCGGUCUCUGCCUGGCCGACAUUUUUGCCGUCUUGACCAAACUAUAUAGACGUGCCGGGCUAAACCAUUUUUUGCAUAAUAGGGAGGGAAGUAUAAUUGUUUUAGACCACAUUGUCAAGAAUCAGAAAGAUGAAAAUAAACUUUUACGCGACUCACAAAAUAUUAUAUAAAGUUUUUAAAAACAUGUAUUUUUGACAAAUUAUUCCAGAAGAUUAUGUAAAGGUUAGAGGGUUUGUCCCCGGGUUCCCCCGACGUUGGUAGCCCUGCAUCUGAUCACCCGCGUCACUGCUCGUGUUUCGGCGGGUGGUGUGAGCUAUCUUGCUAAUUUUCACUCUUCACAGUGGUUCUUUGGUGAUUUCGGACAGGAAGCUAACUCCACCGGAUUGUGAUACAGAUCAUCAAUGAACAGUGACAGGAAAUCCAAGCAUCGAAACAGGGACCCACUGCCAUGUGAUGCGGCCCCUAACCACUCAGCCAUCAGGUCACCUGGUAUCUGUUCAGAAGCGACGUGGUCACUCACAUUGUGUCGGAGGACAGCCAGGCUUCAUCGCUGUGGACGUGGCUUAAGGGCUGCGAUCUGAGGAAUCUAACCAGCAUGCUCGUGCUGGACAUCAGCUGGUUCACUGACAGCAUGAGAGAGGGGAGACCUGUUGCUGUGGAGACCAGACAUCUCAUUCAGGACACCUUGCCCACAGUGCCAGAAGGUUCUACACCCACUCCUGUGACCACAGUUUCUCAAUAUGCCUGCCAGAGACGGACCACCAUCGAAAACAGCAACAAGAUUUUCACAGAUGCGUUUGAAGUGCUGGCGGACAGCUAUGAAUUCAGUGAGAUUGAAGGUUCAUGCCUGGCCUUCAGGAGAGCUGCUUCUGUCCUGAAGAGUCUGCCCUGUGUGGUUCGGUGUCUGGGGGACACUGAGGAUCUGCCCUGCCUGGGGGACCAUACUAAGGCAGUCAUGGAGGAGAUCCUUCAAUAUGGCCGCUCGUUUGAAGUCGAGAAAAUACUCUCUGAUGAAAGGUUUCAAACACUAAAGCUGUUCACAAGUGUGUUUGGGGUUGGACCUAAGACGGCUGAGAAGUGGUACCGCAGAGGGCUGCGCUCAUUCAGCGACAUUCUGACGGAGCCCGACAUUCAUCUAAACCGGAUGCAACAAACUGGUUUUCUGCAUUAUGAAGACAUCUCCAGGGCUGUCAGUAAAGCAGAGGCCCGAGCCCUGGGGAACAUUAUUGACGAAGCUGUCCAUGCCAUCACACUGGACGCCAUGAUAGCACUGACAGGUGGCUUUCGAAGGGGGAAGGAGUUUGGUCAUGAUGUGGACUUUAUCGUGACCACGCCGGAGCUGGACAGGGAGAGGACUCUGCUACCAGACAUUAUUGACAGACUGGAACAGCAAGGCAUCUUGCUCUACUGUGACUACCAGGCCUCCACCUUUGAUAUAACCAAGCUUCCCAGCCACAGGUUUGAGGCCAUGGACCACUUUGCAAAGUGCUUCUUGAUCCUGCGGCUGGAGGGAAGCAAAGUGGAGGGAGGUCUCAACUGUGCCGAGGAGGACAGAAGGGGCUGGAGGGCGGUGCGCGUGGACUUGGUGUUGCCGCCAAUGGAUCGUUACGCCUUCGCCCUCCUGGGCUGGACCGGCUCCAGGCAGUUUGAGAGAGACCUGAGGAGGUUUGCUCGAUCAGAGAGAAGGAUGCUUUUGGACAAUCACGCCCUGUACGACAAAACCAAGAACGAGUUCCUGGCAGCCACGACUGAAAAGGACAUCUUUGCCCAUCUGGGUCUCGAGUACAUCGAGCCUUGGCAGAGAAAUGCGUAGGCCUGCUCCUCCCUUGCUGGAUGAUACCCUCUGCGUACAUCAGUGUUUAUCCCAUCUGCUUGCCGUUCUGCGGCUCUCCUGUGAUUCACUUUCAAACAGCUUUUGAUUUCCAUACACUUUUGUGUUGUUGUUGCUAUUAUUGUUGUUGUUGUUGUCUGGAUUACAUGCUGCUGUAUGAUUCAUAAUUCUUCUUAUUGUCUGCUAGCGAGUAAACAAGCUCCUUUACCAUUCACGGCUCGCCUGUCUGUAAGUGUUGUCUUCAUAGGCAGGACACAAAGACAAAUCAGUCAGAGUGUGCGUCGCCUGGGGUGCCUGCGAGGUGCAGAGGAGAGAGAGAGGGAGAGUCUGAAAGAAACACAGAGGGAAGCAGAAGAGAGAAGGGGGUGACCACAGAGAGAAAGGGAGGGUGAGGGAGAAGGCAGGAAGCGACGGGGAAGGGAGCUUUUGUUGAGCAAAAUGUUGUAAUCAACCUCCUCCUGGCAGGAAAGUGCUCGGCGUGAAGCUGAGCCAGGUCUCCGGGGAAUUGAGAGGCGGGUAAUGAGCUUCAAACAGAGGAGCGUUCCGCGUCGCCAUUUAGCCUCCAUUUAAACCUACGUCCACUGGAGAUCAUUUAGCUGGCAUUCCGCUAUCCAAAGACCCAUAGCCUCCACUCUUGUUCCACAAUGAAUCCCCUUCCCCAGAUGCUCGGCUGAAAUUAGAGGCAAUCAGCUGCACCGGGAAAUCAUGAAGAAUUCAGACGGAAGGUAAAUGAGUCCACUAACCACAUGGAUGGAUCUGGGCGUUCAGAGCGACUCUGGCUCCAGUGCAGAAGGCAUCCAUUAUCUUAUUGCUUUGACUUUGGCUUAUGUUUUAUGUAUGAUGGUUGU